AGGUCGCAUGUGAUUCGCCCAACGUUAUUACGUCACUCUUGCUUACGUCUAUAAAACAGACUGUCUGGCCGUAAUAAAAGUUCAGUACGUUCCAGCUACCCGGAGAGCCUGUCUGCCUGCGAUGCUGCGAUAGAACAAGUUGGCGACGAGGAUGGGAUAAAGGAUCAGCACAUUCCCCGACGCGCCGGCAACGCAACAGGGCCAGAACCGCCAGUCAUCGUUCGUCGGCAGCUGGCUCCAGCACGGCCAGCGGAAAGGACCAGACGAAACACCGUGAAAAAAGAUAAGUGGAAACAAUCCGCCGGAACAUGACGCAGCCACCGGCAGGGCAUUUUCAAAGGCUCGGUAGCAUGCGGGAAUUUGAUCCGAAGACUGACAACAUUAAGUCUUACUUCGAGCGGUUCGACAAUUACGUCGACAUUAACGACGUACCCGAAGAAAAAAAACUGAAACUGUUUCUGAACGUGCUUGGCCCACAGGCGUAUGAAGAGCUAAGAAAGAUUGUCGUACCAGACAUCCCUACCGCGAAAUCGUAUGCUGAAGUAAAAAGACUCUUAGAGGACCACUACAGCCCGCGAUACUCCGUAAUUGCCGAGAGGUGUCAGUUUAAUCGCCGACAUCAACGUGACGGAGAAAGCUUGCUAGAAUUCAUUACAGAACUCAAGCACUUGUCGAGGAACUGUUCUUUCGGAACUUUCUUAAACGACGCUUUACGCGAUAGGCUGGUGGCCGGACUACGUGAUGAAGAGACCCAAAGGAUUUUGUUCGCAACUGCGCCAUUGUCGUUCGAAGAGGCUUGCAAAAUCGCCCUAGAGAAAGAACUAGCCGCAAAGCAGACAAAGCAAAUGCACGCGCCUGACGGGCCUGACGGGCCCGCGGGUACCAUAAAUGCCGUUAACAAGAGAAAAUCAGGCAAGCCAACGAAGGAGCGCCAAGUUAAUCAAGAAAACGCUUCGGGAAAAGCGAGUACAUGCUAUCGCUGCGGAAAGGGUCAUGAGCCUGAUAAGUGCUGGUACCGCACGUAUAAAUGUAAGGCUUGUUCUAAGACUGGACACUUACAAGUAAUGUGUCGAACUAAACAUCGGAGUCACCGGGUUAAAGCAGUAGAAACUACUGACAGCGAAUCUGAUGACAUAGAAAGUCACGUGGUGUUCUUCGCGAAAGAAAAGAUACCCGGUUACAGCGUCAGCGUUUCUGUUGAAGGAACACCGGUGGAAAUGAUUUUGGAUACCGGGGCAGCAGUAACCCUGAUGCCUCAGAGUUUGUUUAAAGAAAAGUUUCCCCACGUCCAUUGCGACCAAACUAAUGUGUCGCUGAAAACUUAUACUGGAGAGAAGGUGCCAGUAGUUGGCAAGGCGAAUGUAAAAGUUGACUACGAGGGACAAAGCCUGACUCUACCGCUUUUUGUUGUGCAGAACGAUGAUAAGAAAAUGCAAGUGUUGAUGGGGAUUCGCCGGGCAUUGUCAAAAAUUAUGAAGCCCACAUAG